CAUUAGCGAAGGACGUGCAGCGGAGCUACAGAGAACCCACCGGAAAGACUCCAGCUCUCUUGUGGUCCCCUCGCCUCCAUGUGUGUCACAAAGCAGAGAAGACAGACAAAUUAAGGCGAUCAUUUUUUAAAAUCAUCAGAAGAAGAGGAUUGAGCAUCUCUAUUUUUACCCCCAGAGGGACAGUUGACAUGGCGACAUCGGGCUCGUGCGUUGUGAUUAGCGAUGAGGAGCAAGGCUAUGACCUGGAUCUGUUCUGUAUACCAAAGCAUUACGCUUCUGACUUGGAGAGGGUCUAUAUUCCUCACGGCCUCAUCCUGGACAGGACAGAGAGACUGGCGCGGGAGAUCAUGAAGGAGAUGGGGGGACACCACAUCGUGGCCCUCUGCGUGCUCAAGGGGGGUUACAAGUUUUUUGCGGACCUGUUGGACUACAUCAAAGCCCUGAACAGGAACAGUGACCGCUCCAUCCCGAUGACGGUGGACUUCAUUCGCCUCAAGAGCUACUGUAACGACCAGUCGACCGGUGAAAUCAAAGUGAUCGGUGGAGACGACCUGUCGACUCUGACAGGAAAGAACGUCCUGAUUGUGGAGGAUAUAAUCGACACAGGAAAGACGAUGAAGACGUUAUUGCAGCUGCUUAAACAGUACAACCCCAAAAUGGUGAAAGUUGCAAGUUUGCUGGUGAAAAGAACACCGAGGAGUGUCGGCUACCGACCGGACUUUGUUGGAUUUGAGGUUCCUGACAAAUUUGUGGUAGGGUACGCAUUAGACUACAACGAGUACUUCAGAGAUCUGAAUCAUAUCUGCGUCAUCAGUGAAACGGGGAAGGAGAAAUACAAGGCAUGAGAAGCACUGCAGCACACUUUUGGAUAUAGGGUUGUUGAUUUUUCCCUUUGCAAUUCAUUUUUAUAUUUGAUUAUCGUGUCAUAAUGAAACGCUGAUCCUGCUCAGGGUCCCUGAGGAUACAGAGACGGCUGUUCGGCCCUUUCUGAUCACCGCGCACGUGCACAUGAAACUGAUUGCCUUAGACAGAAACGAGUCCAUCUUGAAUUUGUAUGAUGCUUUUAUGUUCCCAUGCUGGUAUUUUUAGUUUUUUUUUUAAUUGAGUAAUUUAUUCAGAAAAAUGCUGCUACCGUAAAGUAAAACGUAAUUAUUGACAUGCUACCAAAAAUAUUUUCAACCUCUGAUUUUUAAAGAAGCUUUUAGCAGGAACUUUCUGUGGCUGAUUGGUUUUGCUCUUAAGGAGGACGUUUCCUUGACGUUUGGAUGUGUCCAUUUUUGGACAAAGCCUGAACUCUUCCUUGGCAAUGGGAUAUUUUUGUUGUAAAAUCAUCUAAAUGUUUGUUGUCCUCCCGACCGGGCAUUCUGAAGGUGAAACGUCCCUCUGACGGAGUGCCGUUUCCUUCUCCACAUUCUUCCAGUAUCUUUAAUCUAAGAGAUGGGGAAUCUUUGAAUGCUUGAGGCAUUGUUUUUGGAUGAAAAAUAUUGAAUUGCUGCCUAAACAGGGUUUAGAGAUUGUUCACUCAUUGAAAAAUAUGGAAUCUGAAAUGUACCCUUAACUGAAACGGACUGAGUUCAACGUUUUGCAUCGUGUCACUUCAGUUUUAACCAACUUGCUCAUGUUUUGCUGUAUUCCUGAACUUUUCAGCACCAACUAUUAAACGUUCUCACCCCUCCUUUGA